CGUACGCCUCUGAUUGGCUAUUAGAGGAUAGUGCCUUACGCUGGAAUUCCUGUUUUUAGAAAUAUUAUCGGCACACGGGCUGAGUAGCGUAUCCGUUCCCGAAUACGUGCGAGGAUCUAAUCUCCGGUACGGUGCAGUUUUGUUUAGCGCUGGUGUUGCCCUAAUCAAAGAUGGCGACAGAGGAUGCUUAGUGGUUGCAUGAGAGACUGAGAGUUACCCUGAAAAGAAUUUGCAAAACUGGAAAGAAAAUCAGACCUAAUAUGUGGAGCGAGGUGGUCUUGGUGUUGCAGGGAGCGUCUCGCGUGGCGCAGGCGGUGGUGAAGAUGGGCUGUGAAGAGCUGUAUGUGGCAACCACCACCACCACGUUAGGAAGCGGCAUUAAGUCUCUGCAGUCAACGGCUGAGCGCUGUGUGAGCACGGUAUUCACAAAUAUGCAGGUCAGCAAGACGGAUUCCAGAGAGCGCCCACCGUCUCCCGACUUUGACGCUGAUUCUUGGAGCGUGAUGUCAGAUUUACCUCCAGCUGAAGAGGCGCCGUCCUCCCAGACAAACCCUGGGGAAUGGCCAAAGAAGGGCCCAAGCGUGACUGGUAUUGGGCAAGUCAGAAUGUACAGCACCAUUAGAGGGUUAACAGCGGAUGAGAUUCAGAGAGCGAGGGAGGCUAAACUACCAGGUGGCGCAGAGGAUCAUGGCAGACCCAAGCGACAGAAGCUCAGUGAAAGGGCUAGAGAGAGGAAGGUGCCCGCAUCUCGCAUCAGUCGCAUGGCAAAUUUUGGGGGCUUGGCCGUUAGUCUUGGGAUUGGUGCGCUGACAGAAGCGGCGAAACAGUCUCUGAGCCGAGAAAAGAAGUCAGGAGAAAUGACUGUCUUGGAAGCAAACUCUUUCAUGAGCGAAGCCAAUGCCGAGAGAAUCGUCGACACAUUGUGCAAAGUGCGGGGGGCUGCACUGAAGUUGGGGCAGAUGCUGAGUAUUCAAGAUAAUAGCUUCCUUAGUCCACAACUGCAGAAGAUCUUUGAGCGGGUGAGACAGAGCGCAGAUUUUAUGCCUUCCUGGCAGACGACGAAAGUGCUUGAGGAGGAGCUGGGCGCUGGUUGGAGGGAGAAGCUGUCAUAUUUUGAAGAUAAACCUUUUGCAGCCGCCUCUAUAGGCCAGGUGCAUCUUGCCAGGCUGCUUGACGGCCGUGAAGUAGCUAUGAAGAUCCAGUAUCCUGGAAUUUCUCAAAGUAUUAAGAGUGAUGUGGAAAAUCUGCUGUCAAUUCUGAAGCUAAGCGUAGUUCUACCAGACGGUCUGUUUCCUGAAAACAGUGUGCAAGUCCUACAGAAAGAACUGGCAUGGGAAUGUGACUAUCUACGUGAAGCCACCUGCGCCAAGACAUUCCGGAGUCUCCUGAGCGAUGAUCCCUUCCUCAGGGUACCACAGGUGAUUGACGAUCUCACUACCAAGAGAGUGUUAACUAUGGAGCUGGUGUCCGGAGUUCCUCUUGAUCAAUGUGCAGAGAUGGACCAAGAAACCCGUAACCAGAUAUCCUACAAUAUCUUGCGCCUCUGCCUGCAGGAGAUCUUUCAGUUCCGUUUUAUGCAGACUGACCCAAACUGGUCCAACUUUUUCUAUGACGCAGAUCUGGACAAGGUGAUGUUGUUGGACUUUGGAGCCAGUCGAUGGUUUAGUGAAAACUUCACUGAUGAUUAUAUUGAGGUUGUGAAAGCAGCAGCAGAAGGUGACCGAGCGAGAGUUCUACAAAAGUCCAGAGACCUGAAAUUUGUGACCGGAUUUGAAACCAAGGUUUUUGAAGAGGCUCACAUAGAUGCUGUGAUGAUUCUAGGAGAGGCUUUUGCCUCUGAAGAGCCGUUCAAUUUUGGGACCCAAAACACAACCAAAAGGAUCCACGACCUGAUCCCGGUCAUGCUAAAACACAGACUUACACCUCCGCCUGAAGAGACCUACUCCCUGCAUCGGAAAAUGGCAGGCUCUUUUCUCAUCUGUGCCAAGCUUAAGGCAAUCAUCUCUUGUAAAGACCUCUUUGAUAGUACAUAUCUCCAGUACUGGGCAGAACGAGGGCGAGAGGGGCACCAGUCCACCGCUGAUUAAACCACUCCAUCAUUAUUACUUGAAACCAAUGACGCGGUUAUAUUAUAUUUUUUUUUUUUUAUCCUUUAAUUACCCAGAGAAUUGGCAGUACAGUCCUACUACCCUGUGGGCCUUUCACCACCCGUCGAGCAGAUACGGUUUUGUUACUCGCCAGUCUGCCGGCCUAGAAAUGACGAUCUUCCAAGACGUUAGGCUUCUUGUGCCAAUUGUGUUCUUUUUUAAGCUUUCAUUGUACUGUAGUGGAAUUUGUCUGUUAAAUGGGACAGAUUAAAGGUCCCAUCCUUUUCAGCUCGCCAAAAAGGUCCAACUUGCUGAGGGAGGCGCUCACAGCGAGCAGCUUCUCGUCUGGGAAUCCAACGCUUUCCCCGAUCGGUUUCACCGUCGUGCCCCGGAAGGCUCGAGCCGCGCAGCCUUUUAUUUUAUUUUAUUUUUUUUAUAUCUUUUUGUUCUUUAUGCAGUCCGUUUCGGUAGCCCCCUCUCUCCAAAAACUCCGACACGUCCCAAAAUUGUGGGUUGACUUUCACUGACUUGUCAUUGGGACGAUUUAAUUAAUCGCUUAAUCCGCUAUUCAGCGUCCUUUGAAGCUGCCUCGUUGUGCAGAAGAUAGGAUUCCCUGUGAAAUUUCUCUCCUGUUGACAGGAAGACCCAGGAACAAUGUAGAAAUAGGUCACCCAGGUUCCAGGCACUGAUAUGUCUCCAGAAAACCAGAUCAGGGCUUCUAUUUCUUUAGCCAGACCAUACAAUGCAGAUUAAAGAAGUAAAUGGAGUGCAGCCUGCACCUCCCAGGAAGGGAUUUAUGCCAAACGAGCGCAUUGCAGACCUCUCAUCACCCACACUCACGCCUUGCUGUUGCCGAUGACGAGCCCGCCCUUAUUUGACAUCGUGCAGGCUUCUCCCAGGGCCUUCAAAGGACCACUAAUCCCUCUGUUUUUUUUUUAUUUUAUAGACGGGAGAUACAAAUGAAAAUAACAAAUAUAUUAUUAAAAAAUGUACCUAAAUUAUCUUUUUUAUUUAAUUUUUUUAAUCUUAACAUAACCACAGUGCCCAGACUUACAAGAAGUGACUUAUGAUGAUGUAAGGUCCCUUACUGCGCUCCCUUGGCUAAUUCCGUUAUGUGCACUUCGGGGAUCCUAUCCCAGUUUCAACCUACAAUGUAUGGGGGUUGUGCCUGCGCAGUCAGCUCACAGCGCCCAAGGCUGCCU